CUCAGCAGAACAACCUCGACAUUUCACGGAGAAAGAUCGGCUGAAGGGACUUAGGAGAUAUUCACAGCGAAUCAUAACAAACAUUUCACGGACAGUAUUUCGGUUUUACGCUUAGUUGCAAUACGGGAAAAUAAACAUAAAAAUAACAAUAUCAUAACAUUAACUGUAAUUGGGGUUUUAAGUAUUAAUAGGUAAAUUACACGUUUGAACCAUUCAUCGCAAUCCAUUUGGAGGGAGAACAGACAAUUUAAAUCUUAAAAUAGUUUGUUUGUUUUGUUUUAAAAAAGGGACAUAAUGUGUGACAUCAUGAAGUAUUUGGUCGGAUGCUUAUUGUGCGCAUGCGUGGCGAUGAUCGUAGGGGCUCCCGUGAGCAAGCAAGAUUAUGAUCAGAUCAAGGCCGCCUUAAAAUCGCAGUUUCAAUCACAAGAGAAAGCGCUUGAAUCCUUGACCACCUCCGACCAAUCAGAACCUCACAGCGUAGAAUUUUCUAAGACAAGUUCAUUUUCAUACUCAAACAUCAACGGUGCAGAAAAUAAAGUACAACAUACUGAAGAAAAAGUGUCCGAGCCGGAAGCCCAUCACGUGGUCUCGGAUAUAAAGGAGCAUCUCAGCCAAUCAAAGGCCUCGCCUGAUGCUAAACCAGAAACCAGCUUUAAAGCAACGCUAGACAUUCCAGAUAAAGGUGUCCACACUGUAAUAUCAAAUAAAAAAGAUACACAGAUAGACGAUAAUCAGGAUUUCGAUGCAGCAAAGCAGAAUAUUGACUUCACGCCAAAGGUCGUGGCAGAGUAUCUCUACAAGACAGGCGAGAUUGGAGAAUUCCAGAACCUGUUAAACGACCUUGUUGAGGCUUCUGAGAUCUCCUCGGAGGAAGCGGAGGAAUACGAGAUGGCGGUCAUGGAUGAGCUCAACAAAAUAGAGAGUAGUGAAAACAGCAUCAACACUGCACAGUUCGUUCCCCAGGGCUACGACAUGAUGGCCGGGCAACCCAUGUUCCCACUGUAUCCCGGAUACCAGCCGUCCCCAAAUGACGUGUAUCCCUUGUACGGCUUCGGGGGCAAAUCGGGCCCGAGUGCCACUGAGGACGAGAAUGCUUACAUCAACUACCUCCUCAAGAAACCCGUGUCUCUGGACGACAUGAUCAACACUCUCCUGAACCAGUGGCUGACUAGAGCUAUUGAAACAGACGACCCGGAGGCCGAGGAGAUUCUGAACAACAUAGUUGACUAUGUCUCCCAGGACGACAACCCUAACGACGAGGCGCAGGUCCGAGCUAUUCUCGGUGACAUUUUCGCAGAGGCCCUUUUAGAAAAUUUGACCCCGCGCAUAGCACCUCAAGACAUCUCAAUGGGAACCGACUCACUUCCGGUUGAAACGGAGGAAACAGUGAAGUCCUCAGACCAGACAAAGCAAUCUGCAGAUUCAGAAUCGGCCUUAACGGAAGCUGUCAAGGAAGUAUCAGCGGAAAACUCAAAAAAGCCAUCAGAAGAGAAAGCUACGUCCCCGACAGAAAAAGAGAAAAUGAAGAUGUAAAGAUGUAAAGAUGUAAAGUUCUACAGUGUUUUUUAUCGAAUGAAUGUUGGAAGUGAUCGUGUCAUGUACCAUCAGUAUGGAUCAACUGUAAAUAUGUUUGACCUGUUUCGUCAGAACAUAUCGUAUACGACAGUAUAAGUAUCCAGAAAAAUACAAAAAUACCGUAUAUGGUGUCAAUCGCUGCCAAAUAACAUACGGAUGGCCAUAAAAGUACGCGAAGCUGUUUUGCUUGAAGUUUUGAACAGUCUCAGCAAAUACGAAACCAACAAAAUACUGAAAAAAAUAAAAAUUCAUGCAACUAGCAUUUGUGAAUGAUCUGAUUACAAUUCUUGGUAAAAAUAUGAAUGUAUGCUUUUAACAUACGUUUCAAUGCAUCUGUUUAGCUUUUAAGCAUCAAUAACAAAGAAACACAGCGCGAUGUAUGCUAAUUUGGAUUCGACUUUGUUUCUGUUUAUCAUGUGUUAGUGCGAAUGUAUUGAAUUUGUGCUACUUGUUAUUACAUAUUUCAAAAUUUUAGCAAUAGUAUUUACUAAAAGCGCGGGGACGAUGUGGCUUUUGAUUUGAAGAAAUAAAUGCGAACAUGCACAAUUCGAUUCGCAGUGAUUUAAGUAAACAUAUUUGAUUAAUACAAUAUUUUGAUGUAGAAUUAUUGUAUUUUUCGGAACUUAAAAAAUAUAAGAGUGAUCAAAUUUAGCUAUGUGUUCAAUCAAGACUUUUUAGAAAUACGUUUUGAGUUUCAUCUAAGUUUUCAAUUUCGCAGAUCUACAUGUAUUUAACUGUAUUAAGGCAAUACAGCUUACAAAACGUAAAUGUAAAGAUAAGCAAUCGAUAGUAUUAAAGUUUUUCUUAUUGUUAAAACGCAUAACAGUUUGAAUGUAUGUUUUCAUUUAGGGAAGUCAAACUGAUUGAGAAUAGUUCCUUUUUUUCUCACCUACCCAAUACAAAGGUUAAAUUAAGAGACCGAACACAAAACAACUUUUUCGUCUUUUUAAAGUGUGGAUGAAUCGCCUGAACUCGCUGUGAUACAAAUGUUACUUGUUGCUAGUAUACUAAAAUGACGUAUAGAAUAUGUAUGUUUAAGAGCUAUCUGUAUGUAUACGUGUUUACAUUUGGUGAAAGUAAUUGAAGCUUUUUUUACCAAACGGGGUCUUUUUUUAUUAAUACCGGAUAAACACACACAACAAUAUAAACGUAAAAAUGUACAUAUAUAUGUUUUACUAUAAUACGUUAAUGACUUGUUUACUUACUUUUUAUAGUUAAUCAAUGUGCAGUAAAUUUAUUGUGAAACAUCAGAAUGUCCAGUUUUUGUGUACGUUUAUUAUAAAAAGGUACUUUUUUUAAAAAUUGUAUAUGAUGUUUUACAAAACAAGACCUAUCUGUAUACUGUAUACCUGCAUGCGCAUGUUGAAACUCGUUUUUGAUCUUAUGACUGUUUUGUUAUAUGUAUAUGUAGAUAUUUUAAUGACCAAUUUACUUGCAUAUUAAGUCUUAUUUCGUGUCUUACUUUUUUAUCACUAGCCUUUGGAAUACGUCAUAUGUUUUUAUCGCGUGUGAACAAUUUAAUAAAAUAUUUGUCCAUUGAAUUCAACACGGAGCAUAGCAUUUAAGAUUUUAUUUCCGAAUCCAUCGUGCAGUAUCUCCAAACUCAUGCACAAGGCUUUUUUGGAAAGCUAACACCAUGUAUUUCGUAGCCUUUGACGUCUUUGUAAGGCAUUUGCUAACGGUUGGGAAAUUGUGUUUUAAUUAAGUGUUUCAUUUGUUAUUUGCUCGCUUUUUGACAGUGUAAUUUGCAUUGCUUGUUUGUCUGAUUCUUCAAAUUGAGACCUAAAAUAUCACACCAAGAACAUAAUACACGCGAACAUUAUCCCUUAAAUAAUUAAGUAUACUAUGACACAAACUAAAGCAUGCAGUGUAUGAAUAGUAUUGAUCAAAUAUGUGUCCAUUGCUUUUUCGAGCUCGUUGGUUGAAACCAAAAUAUUCCAACUAUAACUAAACUCAAUUGUUGCUAGUAUUUUUCAAGGUUGCACAUCUAUUUUGACAUUUGAUAGUGCAGUCCUUGUAUUCAUUCUUCUUCAUCACAUGUUUUUGUAAUCAUGAUUUUGACUCUCUUCUUUAUCAAAAUACUAUAGUAGUAAUUAUAAAACUCUUCGAUCAAUAUUUAUUGUUAUUUUAUUAGAAAAAAAAUUCACUUAUUCAUUUAGACACUUUUUUGUUUAGUGACUUAGUUGCUCAUAACGUUUGACUUUAACAGCAUUCAACACAGGAUGAUGUUCAUUCGUAUUUAUGAAAUGUUUUUACAGAUAUUCCUAGAAAUUGUCUAUUGUUAAUAAGAAAUGGACAUUUUGUUAAAAUAACAUUGCACUGUGCUGCAUAACUUGCUUUUACCGGUUGUAAUACGUUACUUUAAUACAAUAGGACGAGGAUUUUUGAAUCUGUCACUAUUAAUUAUCUACUUUUUUUACGUUAUAUAUUUCAUAUCCUUAACACUAACUAUUGCAUAUACAAUACAACUGCAGUUUCAACACUUGUUAAGUAUUCUUUGCCUACCUCAAUAUUUGUUUAUGUUGCUUUCAAAACAAUUGAAGAAAUGUUUUUUGAACCCAAAAUAACCUUAAUACUUGUAAUUAAAGUAUAACUGUUAGAUGUAAAACAAAAAGCAUAAUUAUAUUAAAGUAACGUAGUAAAUAUAUAUGCGUUUAUAUUUUAAAAUAAAGAGAUACAUAUAUUUAACAUUUCAAAUAAAGUCUAUUUCUACACUAAA